GCCAGUUAACAGGUUCCCGUCCAAGAGGAAGCAAAUCCGCCGGCUGCCGACGGCCGCCCGCUCCGUUCCAAAGGGGAAUACCAUAAAAAUGAUCUUCCUUUAGGGCAAAACCACCUCCCGUCGCCAUGCUGCUGCUGGGCUUCAGGCUCUGAACGCCGCUAGGGUUUCGGCCGGCGGCCACCGAUGCGGGCCCCCAGCGUGCCGCCCUACUCCGCAGAGGUGGCCUUCCUGGGCGAGGGCGACGUGGACCCCGAGGCCACAGAGGAGGACAGCCUCGUCGGCGGCGGCGACUCCAACUCUGUGGAUUGCAUGCCUGGAUCGUGCAUCAGCUCUUUAAGCCUCCACGGUGUCAGAGGUGACGACGAACACUCGGCUCUUGAAAACAGCAGCAGCAAUUCUAGUCCUUUUUAUAUCCUAAUUCCACAAGAUGUUGUACCUAUUGAAAUGGCACGGUCUAGAUUCCUCGACAUCAUCGUUGACCAUUUUAUUUGUGAGAAUGUUAUUGAGGUGGCAGAACCCUCUGUGUUAGAAUUUCUCCAGGGCAACGAUAAAUUAAACAAAAGAAAGCAACAAGAGGCCCGAUAUGAAGGUGACCCAAGGUUUGCUUUGCCCUUGAUGUAUAUAGCAAACUUGUAUGAGACUUUGGUGGGGGACGUGAAUGCACGUCUUGCUUCCUUGAUUGGAUCCCGUGAGAAAACUAUAGGGGUAGCUCUUGAAGCUGCCGGCGGCUUGUACAGGAAACUGACUCAAAAGUUCCCCAAGAAAGGGAAUUGUAGCUUCAGGAGGAGGGAGCUCGCUACUUCCAAUGCAACAAGGACAAGGUUUCCUGAACUUGUGGUACAAGAAGAAAAGCGAGUCCGUUUUGUAGUAAUCAAUGGUUUGGUAAUCAUAGAGAGACCUAGUAAUAUGAGAAUGGAGGACGCAGAAUGGUUCAAAAGAUUGACCGGGCGAAAUGAAGUGGCCAUUUCAUCAAGAGAUUACAAAUUCUACUCACCUCGGCAUAAGAACAGGCGUACCCCGCUGCCACCAUAUGACAUUGAUGGCACAUCCGUUUUGUCAGAGGACGAGACUUCUCCACUGGUUUGUUCGUCAGGAUUUCGUCCACCAAUUGAGAUGCAAAACCAAGAGCAGGCGUCAUCGAAGCAACACACCGAGCAGAUAGAAAGUCAGCCGUACCUGCACUUCCUUGAUCAAACAGAGCAUGGCACCAUCCAGCAAAACCAACAUACCAGUUCUCAGUUCCCCCUGAUUCAUCCACUCGCAUCGGCCUCAAAUCUGCCAGAUAACCCCCUGCAUUACCACUCUUAUUUAUCUCCGCAUGUAGCUUCCAUGCAAGCUGGAGUACAUGGCCAUCUUGGAGGGCGAGCGAAUAUUCUUCCAAGCAGCCCUGCAAAGUUUUGUGACGAGUGUGGCUCUCCAUAUCUAAGGGCAACAUCCAAGUUCUGCUCAGAGUGUGGCACCAAGAGGCUAGGGAUCUAAUUUGUUUGAUGCGUAAUUAGGGAUCUUUUAUGUUGGCUCCCAGUUGCAUGGAGGUUUUCAGCUCAGCAUUACUUGAGCCGGCCAUGAUAUUGCUGAAUCUUUUAGAUAGUGGUUGGUUAGAAACUUAGAAUAUGCGUACUUUGAUUGUUGUACUUUGAGUUUGAACCUGAGCUCACCUGCUUCCUUUCAAAGUAGGUUUUUGCCGCAGACAUGGAUGAAUGCAGAGCUGAUGUAAGCGACUCCGAACUAUUGUGUAUAUACUCCCCCUUGCUAUAAUAUAGUGCAUAUUCAACUUUGACUAA